ACAUGACGAGCGGGCGGGCAGUCAGCUGACCGGAAGCGUCGGGAGAGCGUCGCGGCGGCAAUGGAGCGAUACGACAAGGCGGCGCUGAACGCGGCCCCCACGCUCGACCUCAGAAAUGAGGGUUCAUUAACAUCAACUUUAAGAACACUUCUGUUCUUCACAGCUUUAAUGAUCACAUUGCCUAUUGGGCUGUAUUUUUCAUCAAAGGCUUAUAUAUUUGAAGGUACCUUAGGAAUGUCCAACAGAGACAGCUAUUUUUAUGCUGCCAUAGUUGCUGUAGUUACUGUUCAUGUGGUACUUGCUCUAUUUGUGUAUGUGGCAUGGAAUGAAGGUACUCGACAGUGGCGGGAAGGCAAACAGGACUAAAAUGAAAAUCAUCAUCCUCCAAAAACCUACAGACUGUAAAUAGAAUUUUUGUGAAUUGAGUUAAAAGCAUUCUUCAAUGUAGUAUACAUGUGUACAAAGAUGAGGCUAAUGCCUUAAAUAUAUUUUGGUUAGAACAAGACUUAUGCUCAUCUCAGACGUGUGCCAGUAUUUUCUCUAAUGCUGGUGAAAGUUGUACAUUAGUCAGCCUCUACUAGGUGGAGCUGAAGAGGUCUUCACCAGAAAUUAGAAUGAAAUAAUUGCAUAUUUCAGAGGGGGAAAAAAAAAAAUCAUGUAGAUAUUUUUGCCAUUAGUGUUUUUCUGGUGGUCUUUGGAAAUAGUAUUGACAUGAUGCAAAAAUUAUGUUUUUUAGUAACUAAAUUACUAGUAACAAAAGCUACAUAACUUACUAUCCAACUCAAAUGGGAAGGGUAUGAUUUCUCUUUGCUGUGGAUAGCUUCCCCAUUUUCAGAACAUACAGUCCAACUGAGCAUUGUUUUGUGCUAAUCAAUAUGCUAAUACAUACACAGUCUAAUUUUGUUUUUGUUGUUGGAAGUGGAAUAAAGGCAGUGGCUGAACAGGCAGCUCUUUACAGUGGUAUGUUGUGCAGAGGCUUUUCAACUAUAGAAACCGAAAAAUGCCAAAACAAGUUGAGGAAGUCUGAAAAACUUGCUAAGGAACAGCUGCUGAAGUUUGUUGGUAUUUUUCUAUCAAAACUAAAAAAAAUGUUGCUUUCUGACUUCUGUAAUUCAUUUGCGGGAAAAGUCUCAAGUUACAGAGAAUCAUGUAAGAUGGAUAGGUUGUUUAAACAGUAAUGCAUGGUAGAUGUGUGUAGUGACCCUAUAGUGCAUUUGUAGUAGUAUGCUUGUUUGAGUCAAAAACACUAGAUGACUUUUGUCUCCUAUGAGACGGAAUUAGUCUUCUAAAAAAAAUGUAUUUCCAGUUUUAAAAGUCAUUGCAAAAAUAGAACUGGUUAGAAACUCAGGUGGUGUCUUUUUAAUGUGAAAUGUCAACUUUGUUUUUUCAUUUUCAAAUGUAGUUUUUGAUUAUGGCAUAAAAUUCAACCUUUAAUUUCCUUUUCCAACAUUUGGGAUGGGUUGCCAUACUACUGUCUUGCUCAUCUUUCUGCUCUUUUACAGUUAAUCUUGAUGAUGGAAAGGAGAUGGUAUAGCUUUUUUUUUUUUUUUAUGAAUAUUUAAAAUUGUAGUUGCUCCUGAACUUCUAUGCAAGUUCUUACUUUUAGAUAAUUGGGAGGGAGAAGACAAGAUGUAGCUGUCUGCAAAUGUCCUUUACGAAGCAGAACACAAGAGUUAUCACAUUAUGGAAAACUUAAUAAUAUUUAUGAAGAAAAGCAAGCUGUAUGCUGUGGAAUGAUACAACAUGUUGAUCACUUUGCUUGUUUGUUUGUUUGUUUUGGUUGUGUAUGGGGGCUUUCCGUAGUAAAACCAUGGUGAGAUUUUUUUUAAUCUCCCAGGAUAAUAACCUGAAAUUCAUUUGACUGUUGCAUUGCUGUUAGCAAACUUGUUAAUCUGUAGAGAAAAUAUUUUUUCCCCAAGGUUUUCGCAAUGCAUAGAAUUUCCCUAAUGCUGAUGACUGCUUUUAAGCUAUUUUCCUUUAAGCCUUUCUGUUCUUUUGAGUUUUCCAGGUUGUUACAUUAGUUAAGCAUUUUCUACAAGCUUUUUGUUUAGUAUAGGACUUGGAAUGUUUUUGGUACUAUGUUUGUCCUUUGUAAAACUUAUCCAUAAAUAUGACAAAAUUCAGCUAACCUUCACAGUAGCUACAGGAACGUGUUCCCAGGGCUCCUUCUGCUCACUUCCACCCUAUCCGGGGUGUGCACAAACACCCACCGGGUGCGCUAGAAUGCAGCUGAAGCAUUAGCAGUGAAGCUUAUUGCCACUUUGCAGCUUUGCACUAAUACAAAGCAAUCUUUACUCUUUCUUUCUGAAACAUUAACUUUUCUCAUCCAGAAGUUGUUAGGUUGCUGCUGGCGUACUGGAGAAUGGUCUUGUAGUAACUCGAAAUUCAAAUUUAGCUUGUAUAAUGUCAUAUUGAGAUUUUUCUGUUUUCCAGUAUAUGAACUGUACAUUAUAUAAUAAAUACUGCCUUUUAAUAAAGGAUUAUCCUACAAUACAAGUUCUACUGCUGAGAUCCAGUAAACAAAUACUUGUGCUGAACAA